UCGGGGUAAGCGCGGGCCGACGCUGCCGCCCUCCGCCCGGCCGUGACAGCGGUGCUGCUCGGCCUGCAGGUCUGUGGCCAGAGUUUAGCUUGGUCUGUGCAAGAAGGAAACAAAUCAUGGCUGACGACUCCCAGAGAAACUUUCGCUCAGUGUAUUAUGAAAAAGUGGGAUUUCGUGGAGUUGAAGAAAAGAAGUCAUUGGAAAUUCUCUUAAAAGAUGACCGGCUGGAUAUUGAGAAGCUUUGCACAUUUAGUCAAAGGUUUCCUCUCCCAUCCAUGUAUCGUAUACUGGUGUGGAAGGUGCUUUUAGGAAUUAUUCCCCCUCACCAUGAAUCUCAUGCUUUGGUGAUGAAGUACCGGAAGGAGCAGUACUGGGAUAUACACCAUGCUCUCCAUGUAAUUCGUUUUAUCAAUGAUUCUACCCCACAGGUAGAUGUUUUCCUCCGCAUACAUCAACUGGAAUCAGGAAAACUGCCUCGAAACUUGGCUUUUCCAUUGGAACCUGAAGAUGAAGUGUUUCUUGCUAUUGCUAAAGCAAUGGAGGAAAUGGUGGAGGAUCCCAUAGAAUGCUAUUGGCUUGUCAGUUGCUUUGUGAAUCAGCUAAACAGCAAGCACAAAGAUUCAUUACAACAACUUCCAAAGAUUCUGGAGCAGUAUUUGAACAUUGAAGAUAACCGACUGCUGAUGCAUCUAAAAGCAUGUGCUGCCAUGAGCAAACUCCCAUACGAUCUUUGGUUUAAAAAGUGUUUUGCAGGCUGUUUACCUGAGUGCAGUUUACAGAGAGUUUGGGACAAAGUUAUAAGUGGGUCCUGCAAGAUUCUUGUUUUUGUUGCUGUGGAGAUAUUACUAACCUUUAAAAUGAAGAUAGUAGCACUGAAUACUGCAGAAAAGAUCACACAGUUUUUGGAAAAUAUUCCUCAAGAUAACACCGAUGCUAUUGUCAGCAAAGCUGUUGACCUGUGGCGCGCACACUGUGGGACUCCAGCACACUCAGUCUGAGAACUUUCUUUGCUUAUGACAGCUUGGGGAAAAAAAAGACAUUUGAAAAGACAUUUCACCACUCUUCCCCUAUCUUAGUGUGAUGUUCUUCAUUACCUCUUUUAUGUAAAGAUGCUACUAAGGCAGCUAAUAGCAUGGUGAUCAAUAUGUAAAUAUUUUUCAAUAAAUACAGAUGGCACAAAGAUA